CCCUAUAUAUGCGCCGGCGCAACGACUGAGUAAUAACACCCAAAGCCAGGAGCCCAGGACCCACCUCCUCCGAUGGCAAUCACGUACCAUGCACCGCGUCAAUCAGGCGAUCAACCAGUGGCACCCCGUGGCUCAAGGGUGGCCGCGGACAUUGUCAUGGACGACGGCACCGUGAUCCGGACCACCGUUACGUCGUCCGCCUGUGAUGUCUUGCUCUUUCUCCGGGAGCUCCAGGAACUAUUCUGCAAAGAGAUCCAUGACCACAAUUGCCUCAACAAGGUCCAAGAGCACCACCAUUGCCUCAUCGUCGGCCUCGAUACGGAGUGGCACCAAAUCUCCGUGACCGGCGGGAAGCCCCGGUACCAGAUCGCCGUCCUCCAGCUCUGCGUCGGCGACCGCUGCCUUGUCUACCAGAUUUUCCACGCCGACUACAUCCCUGCCGAGCUCGCGGCCUUCCUCGCCAACCCUGACUUCUGCUUCGUCGCCGUCGGCGUGGGUGGCGACGUCAAGCGGCUGCACGACGACUGUAACCUUGAGGUGGCCCACACGAUGGACCUGCCUCAGGUCGCGGCGGUUGUGCUCGGCCGGCCAGAGCUCCGGCAGGCAGGGCUCAAGACCCUAGCGCGAGAGGUGAUGAACACUCUCAUCGAGAAGCCGAAGAAGGUGAUAAUGAGCAAGUGGGCCGCGCCGCACCUGUCAAGGGAGCAGAUCCGGGUCGACAGCAGCGGAAGAACACGCCUUGCCGACAGUGAGCAUAACAUGAUGAUCAAUACUAGGCACGGUCCGCAACGUGAGAUCUGUUUGGAAGCAAACUAGCAUGGCACACUCGGUGGCCACUGGUCGAGAUCGUUGGCCCUUCAAUGGCAUCGACGCUCGCCGGAGUUGACACCCGCAAAUUUGUGGGAGAAAUGAAGGUCGUCAAGCUCGGACAAGGUUGGAUGGAGCAUAGUUGGGAACUAUAGAUUAGGAAGCAUGAUUUGUGUUUGGAAGCAUUACUUCCACGUGAUU